AUGGCCGCUGCUGCUUCUGAGAGCUUCAUUCACCUGGCGAGGCCUCUGGCGCCCAACACCGUGGGCAUCCAGACUAACCUUGCCCCGCUCACUGUCAACAUCCAGCCUCAGGCUGUCCUCUCUAUCCUCGACCAUGCCGUUCGACGAGACAUCCGAGAUACGCAAUCUACCAGAGUUAUUGGCGCCCUUGUCGGCACCCGAUCUGAAGAUGGCACCGAAGUCGAGGUUCGCUCGUGCUUCGCUAUCCCCCAUACCGAGGAGGAGGACCAAGUCGAGGUCGAUGUCGAAUACCAGAAGAACAUGCUCGCCUUGACCCUCAAGGCUAACAGGGGCGAGUCCCUCCUCGGCUGGUACACCACCUCUCAUGAGCUCAACAGCUUCAGCGCCCUCAUCCAGAACUUCUUCGGUAGCCCUGACACCGGCACAUUCCCCCACCCCGCCAUUCACAUGACCAUUUCUACCGAGCCUGGCGAGGACAUACAAUCCCGAUGCUAUAUCAGCGCCCCCGUUGCCGUGAACGCUGAGCGUGCUGCCGACAGUUGCCUUUUCAUCCAGGUCCCCCACAAGAUUCUCUACGGCGAUGCCGACCGAAGUGCUCUCGAGGCUAUCGCCAGCGCAAAGGACGCUGAGUCUCGAACAGCACCUCUUGUCUCUGACAUUGAGGGUCUCGGUCGAUCAAUUGAGCAGACCAUCAGCCUUCUCGACAGAGCGAGUGAGUGGAUUAACGGAGUUCUGGAUGAGGACGAGGAACCCAACAACACUGUUGCCCAAUACCUUCUCAACGCUCUGUCUCUCGCCCCCAAGGUCGAUCCUUCUCAGAUCGAGCAUGAUUUCAACAACCACAUUCAAGACGUUCUCAUGGUCAGCUACCUGGCCAACACUAUUCGCACUCAGAUCGACCUGUCACAGCGGUUGGCUGUUGCCAACCUAGCCAACAAUGAGAAGGAGGGUGAGGGCAAAUCGGAGGACAAGGGUGGCCGACAGGGAGGCAAGCGAGGGGGCCGAGGUGGUGGCCGAGGUGGUGGCCAGCAGCGUGAACCCCGAGAGCCAAGGGAACCUCGGGAGCCUGCUGAGUAG